CUGUAUUGGGAUUACAUACACAGUGGGGCCUCUGCCAGUUGGUCAAAUUUCUAUUAUUGUUCCUGUUGCUCCUUCAAUCGCUCUGUUCUGCGGUUAAAUGGGACACGUUCCUCUUCUCGUCCUCCAGAGCGCUUCUCUCGCCUAAAAGGGGAGGUGCUUGAGAGUACUCAAUGCGUAUGGGACACGUAGACUCAGCAUGCUGUCAUAAUAGUCAUUGUUCAAGUUGACAUGCAGUACUUUUGGCUUCAGAAUUGAUGAAGAUACAUACCCUAUUGCACAAUGGUAUAUCUGCUCCCUGAUCAGUACAUAUUCGGCUGAUCUUUCGUGCUCAGAUCCGUUUCUGGUUUCUAGUUUUCUCUCUUCGGCGUCUUCUCGUCCAUUGUCACACUGAUCACCACGACCAUGGCUGGUCUCAUCCGUCUUUUACGGGCUCAUCGCAACCCCCCUGCUGAUCCGACUGAGAUCUCGUUUACGGGAAAAACAGUACUCCUAACCGGGGCAACAUCAGGACUCGGCUUCGAGGCUGCUAUCAAGUUUCUCAAUCUGGGGGUAGACAUGCUUAUCAUCGGAUCCCGCACCCAAAGACGGGGCGAGGAGACCAAAGCGGAACUCGAGAAGCGUACGAACAGACUGGGUGUGAUCCAGGCGUGGGAGCUGGAGAUGGACAGCUUCGAGAGCGUCAAGGCGUUUGCCAGACGCGUCGACCGGGAGAUUCCGCGGCUCGAUGUAGCCUUACUCAACGCUGGGCUGUGGAACCGAGAGCACAUUGUAUCAUCCGAGGGUUGGGAGCAAACGCUGCAGGUAAACACGCUGUCCACAUCGUUUCUGGCACUUUUGUUACUUCCCAAGCUCAGGAAGAGUGCUUCUGUGUCGGGCCCAGCCCAUCUCACUGUCGUGUCCAGUCAGCAGUUCACCGGCAUCAAGGCAGAGAGUCUCACAACCGACGGUCCUCUGCUGAAGCAUCUGAAUAGCCCGAAAACACGCAGGCUGAGGAAGCAGUAUGGCAUAUCGAAGCUGUUACUAGAAUACGUCGUCAAGAAUAUCGCAAGCCUGACACGCAACGAUGAUGGCACCGUCCAGGUCAUCGUAAAUUCCGUCAGUCCUGGGUUCUGUGCUUCGUCACUCGUACGGCAAUUCAAAAAGGGCUAUGAACGGUGGUUUCUCCAGCUCGUAUUUAAGAUAUUUGCUCGGACAGCGGAGCAAGGGAGCAGGUCAUUGGUCAGUGCGACAGUUCAAGGGGUUGAAUCCCACGGGAGAUGCUGGAGAAGCGACGGGUAUCUAGAUGAGUCGAUGGCAUUAACAGUAGGUGAAGAAGGGGAGAAGUUCCGAGUCAAGGCCUGGCGUGAGAUCCUGGACGUGCUGAGAUUUCAGGCCAAAGAAAUCGAUGGCGCAGUUGGAUACAGCGCCUAGAUCGAGGUUAUUUCUCCUUCAUACUGGUGUUUGGGCAUUCUCUUAUGUCCUUCUCGAAGGAUCCGAGGUGCCAAUUUUGGACCGAAACUCUGCAUUGACUGCAGAUGUACACUAUUUAUUGCGGAUUUCCUUUUGUAUGAUGGGAUGGACGAAUGAAAUGACAACAGAAUAUCCGUAUUAAUCGGCGCCUGAUGUCGUAGGGAUUAUGGCCGUUGCGAUGUCCUAUCCAGUAACCCGUGGGGCAUCGGGAGGUCUCCAAAUAGACAGAACAACAUGACUUCGUU